AUGAAUCUGCACCCAAGCGAGCCAAGCGGCCCCGUGCCGCCCAGGCUUGCGACCGGUGCAGAAAGCCAGCUUGAUUGUGUAUAUCAGGGGAAUUACCGCGAGCGAGAAAGCAGCCGGUCUGCCAGCUAUGUUCUUGAUCUUGAGAAGAAGGUCGACGAAUUGACCUCGCGGCUGCGUACGGCCGAGAAGGCGGUUGCUACGUCGGAACCAACUCCUCAGGUACAAGGAGUGCCAAUCCAGCCACCUGUUCCAGCCGGCGUUGAAACGACCCCGUGCUCAAUGCCUCGCAAUGGCUCCACGCCGCGCGAACCUCCCAAGCUUCCCGGCGAGCAACCAGAGGAGUCGGCAGAAAGUGUCGACGAUGAAAUAAGUGAGCUGAACACGCACACGAACGGCAUUGAAUUCCAUGGUAGCACAUCUUCUGCCGCCAUCAUUGGUCACCUGCAAAAAGCGCGGGAGCCCAAAGCGUCGGAACAGCGGUGGAAUCCCCGGCCAGCCGAUGCAUCUUUUUCUCUGAUUUCGACGUUACACAACCCUAGCUUCUCACCUUCCACCACCGGAGCUGGACAGAGCUUGUCCAUCGAUCAUCAGAACUAUUAUUUCGAGCAGGCGCACCUGUUUAUGAAUGGCUAUUUCGAGAAUAUCCAUUUUAUUCACCCGUUCGUUGACAAGGAUGAUUUCCUGGCUCGCGCCAAUGACCUUUGGUUUAACCGAUCCCAACAACCCGAGCCUAGCUUCGUUGCCCUGUACCUGAGUGUGCUCUCUUUUGGGGCGCUGGUGCGUGUCUGGGAUGAGGACAGAACUGCUGGCCUGACACGCUUUGAAUGGAGUCGAAAGCUCUUUGGCGAGGCGCAGGCUUAUUUGAAUUACCUGCGGUUCUCUAAUGAUCUUGAGACUGUUCAAUGUCUCUAUUUGAUGGCCAAAAUUUGCCAAAAUGAACUCAAUCCGAAUUUGGCUUACAUGUAUCUCGGGCUGGCGGUCCGCACAUGCCUUUCUGCUGGAUUCAACAGGGAGGUCCGGCACCCCAAAGACCAGCGCUCGAGUUGGAUCUCCAAGACGUGGUGGGGACUCUUCUCUCUGGAGAUAGAGAUGAGCUUUUCUGUCGGGCGACCUGAUACACUUGGAAUGGACGAGUACCACAAUCGAGCUAUCCCUGAAAGAGACGACACAGAAUACGGCAUUAUUCCUUGGAUGAUCGACUUCGCUCAAAUAAUCAGACGAGUCUCGGUCCAGAUCUACCACUCUAGGAUUUCGCUGCAAGAGAAACUACAACUCGCCCUUCAGAUUGAAAUGGAAAUGGAUCGUUGGCUCGCAAGACUUCCAGAGAAAAUCAGACCAGAUAUCGGUGGAUUCAAGCUGUCGCGCAGUGCCCUACGUGAUCCGAAAUGGGCUCGAAGACAGCGGCUUGUGCUGGGGAUUCGAUAUUACAACGUCAAAAUGCUACUAUUCCGGCCUUUUUUGAGCCACUUUACUCGCAAACUGCGCCAUCCUCCGAGUGAACUGGAGGAAACUAUUACAAAGUGCCUAGAUUCAGCCAUGAAAACCAUUGAAGUCAUCCACGAUAUCUAUCGGGUCCACACAUUCUUCCGCUGCUGGUGGUAUAACACAACGUACGUGAUGUUCGCUACAUCUACCCUUCUCUUGCCCAUGUCCAAGCUUGGCAUGUGUGACGAGACAAUGCCACUACUCCGGUCUGUGGAAAUGGGCGUGGAAAUUCUCGAAGCGAUGGAUGAAUCAGUUGUGGCGAGGAAAUCAGUUGAGAUUAUUCGGCAUUAUCUGAGAGAGUUCCGAGCUUCCAGCGCACAGCAAACCAGUGCGCCUGGGGCUGAAGGCGAGGCGGAAGCGUCUACCCCAUUCGAUCAAGAGCCGGGCCAGUCGGCAUUUGAUAUUCCUGAAUGGGCAUAUGGGUUCGGAUUUCCGGAUUACUCUUUCGAGGGCAUAGCUAGGUUGUUUGAUGAUAUUGGGGGGCUGCCGAUGCUGGAUGGAUAG